UUAACAAAAUGUUUUACUUUUUUGUUCUAUUAACCGUCGUUGCGGCGUUUGAUAUCGAAAUUCAUAACAAAUAUGAAACAUUAGAACGAUCUGAAUUCGUGGAAUAUUUCAAUAGUUUAAAUCUAACGUAUAAAAUAGGCGUUGAAAGUUUGAGCUCUGAUCAUAAACAUUGCACGUUUAUGAACCAUGAUAUUAAUCUUCCAACGAUCACUCAUGAUGUCAGUUUCAUGGCAUUACCUGAGUCAUUCGAUGCUAGAGAAAAAUGGUCGAAUUGUCCUUCAAUUAGAAAGAUAUACUUCCAAAAUAUUUGCGGAUCUUGUUGGAUGUUUGGCACCGCAUCCACAGCAACUGAUCGAAACUGUAUCCACGCGAAUAAUUUCAAAGAUCUAUCUGAACAGGAUUUAAGUUGCUGCACCGAUUGCUAUGAAAAUUUAUGUUCUGGUGGCAACCCUACAAAAGCCUUUGAAUUCUGGAUCAAUUACGGCCUCGUAAGUUAUGAUUGCCAACCCUACAACUAUUACCCAUUAAUGAAACAUAGAUAUUGCAGCCAAACAUGCGUAAAUGGUGUUAAUUAUUAUCAGGAUAAAAACUACGGUGGUCGUGUUUAUAAAGUACCAUCUGAUGAACAUCAAAUUAAAGCUGAACUUGUGACCAACGGACCUAUUGAAGCAACUUUUGUUAUUUACGAUGAUAUUAUGGAUUAUACACAUGGAGUUUACGUACAUAAGUACGGUGAGAAUCGGGGCUAUCACAGUGUUCGAAUCAUUGGUUACGGAGAAGAAGAAGGUGUGAAGUAUUGGCUUAUAGCCAACAGUUGGGGCAGAACAAGGGGAUUAAACGGAAUAUACAAAAUCAAGCAGUUCCAACCAGAAAUACAAAUGGAAGACUGGUUACUUGCACCCAUGCCGAAAGGUUUUUAAAGCUUUUCUUUGUUUUCAGUUAGUGAAAAUAUCUUAUCAACCCUAUGUGCUGUGUAAUAAGUCGUGUAUUUCCGUAAUACCACAAUACUAACACACAAUAAUAAAUAAUUAAAAUAUACAAAAGAAAUCAAA